UGUGAGAAGAGCGGAAGAAAAACAUUAUCACGGACCUAAACAUUUCAUUGAAAUGCAGAAGUGUCCCUCUUGUCCGAAGUGUCAUUCAUUUUAUUCCACAAAAGAUGGCCGAUCAUACCACAAACACCCUCUCCUGUUGGACUGUGGACACACAUUUUGUGAGGGCUGUCUCCAGGCUUUGGCUAAGGAAGGCAAGACUGCUGUAAAAUGUCCAGUGACAUCAUGCCUGGCACCGACCCCUAUCCAGGGAGACGUGAAAGACCUCUGGCCUGACCUGUAUACUGUGGGACUCGUAGUGUACAACCAGCGAACACUAUUGGACAGGGAGCUCAGUAAGAUAACACACUCACAGAUGGUGCAAAAUUUAAAAAGGAAAGACACAGAGAGACUGGAAGAUCCAGAUAAAUUAUGUAGGGAGUGUCUGCGGAAAGCUGCUACUUGUCGCUGUGAAAAAUGUGACUUCAUAAUGUGUAUGCAGUGUUUCGAUAAGAUACAUUCAGCAUCCAAAAUGUUAAAGCAGCAUCAACCUAUCCCUCUGUCUAGUGACAACAGCAAUAUGGAAGGACCAAUGUGUAAACAUCAUCCGGAUCGGCCAAUCGAGUACUACUGUGAGGAUGACUGUAUACCCAUUUGUUCUCGCUGUGUCAUCAUGGGUGACCACAAGAAACAUAAUAUCACAUCCAUGGAGGAAAAGAACAAAGCAAUAUUUGCUGACAUGGAGCCUGCACUUCAUACAGGAACCAAAGUACUAAAGAAACUCCGCAAGGCAGAACAUAUGAUGGGGACAUUAGUGCCUGACAUGAAGAUGGAGACCAACAGUGUGAUAGAGGAAAUACGAGGUCACUUCCAGUUCCUACACGGCAUGCUUCAGGCUAGAGAAAAGCAAUUAAUAGAUGAUGUGUUUACGGUAUACAAAACAGGUAUAGAGCCAUUGGCCACACUGAAGGAGCAGAUGUAUGAGGACAUUAGAAAUUUAGAAGUUUCCAUAAAAGCUGCCCAGAGGAUAUUGAAUAACAAUAAUGAAGUGAUUCUCAAUGCCAACGACAUCCUGUCUCAGUUACAAGCAGCCAAGGACCUGCCCUGUAUUGUACAUAAAAAAAAGGACAAACCUAGUGAUAAAAUCAGAUUUGAACCAGGCUUGUCUCUACCUACAGCCAUUGUUAAUUAUGGUGGUAUAGAUGGCUCAGUGCCCAUCAUGGCUGAAUGGCAUACGAUCAGUGAGAUGCCAGAGGAGUUGAUGAUGGACGAUUGUGAUACCUCGGAGUCCAUCACUCCUGCUGAAUCCAUUGCAUCCAUCUCUGAUGCAGCAACUUCGGACAUGAAUGCUGAUGAUGAGAGUAAUCUGAAGAAGUCCUGGAGCUACCUUGUCUCAUUAGAAGAUGAACUUUCAGCUGAGGACAACAAAGCCAAACCAAUAGCACCAGUGACUUCUAGCAAGAAAUCCAAGAAGGAAAAAUCUGUGUCCAUACCAAUUCCACCAAAAGGACGGAUAAAGGGAGGUCAGGACCGUGUCUAUGUAACACACAUCAAGAACCCAGGCAAGUUCUUUGUUCAGAGGUGUGGUGAUGCUGCAGCUCUUCGCAAACUCUCUCGACAGAUCAACGCAGCAUGUAAAAAGAACUCAACAGGCAUUCCAACUGAUGUGAUAAAAGGUGACCUGUUGCUAGGGAAAUACACGGGUGACAAUGAAUGGUAUAGGGUCAAGGUGAAACAAGUGUUACCUGGUGACAACAAAAACAAGAUGAAGCUCGAUGUCAUCUACCUUGACUAUGGAAAUGUUGAGGUGAUCACAAUUGACAGGACGAGGAAAAUGCAGCCGAGGUUCAUGGAACAGCCUCCAUUCUUGAUGGAAUGUUGUCUGUCUGACAUUGUACCUGUGGACAAGGAUGAAUCAUGGUCACUUGAAGCUGUACAGACCUUUGCAAAGAUGACUGCUGAAAAACCAUUAAUAAUGAUUGUAAUCAGUGAGGUUAAUAAUGUACUACACAUAGAUCUGAGCAAGCCUCCAGAUGAUGACAUCAUGGAUGACCGUCCAAUCUCUGUUAGAGAUACCCUGGUGUUUCUAGAGCUGGCUAACUUCAUCACGCCUGCUUCUAAUAAUGUAGUGGGUAUGGCUGCCCCUAAGCGCCGUUUUCUCUGUGCCACUCCAGUGUCAACAGGUACUCGGUUUGGUGCCAACCUCACAUGUGCUAAUGAUCCUUCAAAUUUCUACGUCCAACAGAUUGGAGAAGAAUCAAGCUAUUUUCAGGCUAUGAUGCAACAAAUGCAAGACCAGUAUAACAUGGAAAGGGGUGAUGUGUGGACUGUGUAUUGUCCAAGGAUAGGUAUGAUAUGUGUGGCACGGUUCCUGGCUGAUGAUACCUGGUACCGUGCCCAGGUGUUAGAACUACCUGGUAACAAGAUGGUUACAGUCCAGUAUGUUGACUAUGGUAACAUAGAAACAGUGGAUGUCAGCAGACUCUGCAAAAUCCUUGACAGUUUCUUAGUAUUACCUGUACAGGCCCAGCAUUGUCAACUUUGUGAUGUGGCACAUACAGAAUAUACACAACAGGCAAAGAGGUGGUGGAGUGACCGGGUAACCAUGAAAGAGUUCUCCCUCAAAGUAACAGGUGUGGUGGAGGACUGCCUGUCAGUGGUCAUGUAUGAUGAUAACAGUGGUGGUUACAGUGUCAACAGUGAGCUGGUCAGCCGAGGCUUUGCCACAAGUACAGGUUCACUGUCAAAUCAGCUACCAAAGGGUGGUGUAGGGGGACUGAUGAUGAGCUCUGAGGACAGUUCAACAGAAAGCCAGAGUGACUCCCUCAGUAAAUCACUACGAGUAGCUAGCAGUGGCACCUCCUCAAGGUCAUCAACACGAUCAAAUUCUAGUCACACUACACCUGUUGUCUCACCGAAAAAGGCUCUAAAGAAAGCGAGUCAACGUUCAGAGAGAGCUGUCAGGCUGUUAGCCAAGUCAGAGACCGAGAUGGCGGUCGACGGCAAGUCAUCCACCUCAAGUUCCAGCUCGACGUCACCUUUAAAGCCAGUCACAGAAUCAAAAAUCACAAAGGUCAAACCAUCAGGUUUGUCCCUAGACAUCAAGGCUGCUGAAGAAAGAUCCAAAUCUUCAGGUGAGGAUGCCAAAUCCUCGGAACCAGACUCUCCAGGCAAUGUCCAGAUCAUCAUCAGUCACUACCAGUCCCCUUCAGACUUCCAUGUACAGUUGGCAUCAUCAGCAACGGAUGGACUUGAUAGGAUGAUGCAGGGUCUCCAGGAGGAGUAUAAGGACUCGGAAACACAAUGGAUGUCGUGGAAGGUGUCCGAGUUCUGUGUAGCUAAAUACUCUCAAGAUGGACGUUGGUACAGGGGAAAGAUCCAAAAAAUACUCCAUAAAAAUGUCAUGGAGGUUAGCGUUGUUUUCGCAGAGGUGAAGCUCGUGGAUUAUGGCUACACUUGUUCAGUUAGUCAGAAUCAGCUGCGUCCACUGGCCAGGUUUUUCCUUAAAGACAUGGCUUUUGCCUUCCACUGUCACCUUGCAUACCUAGUUCCUGCUGGCGAUGGACAGAAAUGGUCACGCACUGCAUGCGAAUACAUGGAGGACGCUGUCCAGGGCGUUAAUCUCUACUUAAAAAAAGAGGGCGACAUGGAGAAUUCAUCACUGGCUAUAGAUCUAUUUCUAGAGGAACACAUCGCAGAGAGUGCUCUCGAGCCAUCUAAACACAGGUUCGUCAGCCUUAGGGAGAAGAUUGUGGAACAAGGUCUAGGGAUACCAACCAAGAGGCGUGAGGUGAUGACGACACCACAGGAGGCUUUAGAACCUACAGAGAUCAUUUGUCAGGAACCUCGAGACGUGUCUUGUGUGUAUUACUUCCCUGCUGACGUGCCCAACUCUUCAUCCAUUGAAGGAACUCCAACCUAUGUAGACCUGGAAGGAGUUAUCUACAUACAGGACAACAAAAAUGAAACAACACUAAAGAAUCUUGCCAAACGUCUGAAUAGGAAGUUUAGUGACAGUAAACCCCAUGGCUUUGAUGUGGACUGGAAGAAGGGCCAGGCGUGUGCUGCCAAGUUCCACCUGGACCAGCUGUGGUAUCGGGCUCAGGUGGUGCAGAUAGAGGCAGAAGGCAUAAAGGUCAGUUUCAUAGAUUUUGGAAAUUCAGAAACUGUUUCACCGGACCAACUACGAGCAGAUGUAGCUGAGUUCAUAGAUUUACCACAGCUGUGUUUCGAGUGUGUUCUCAACAACAUUUCACCUAUGACAGAGGACGGCCAAUGGCCAAUACCUGUAUUAGAUCAGAUACACAAGUUAAUUGUCUCCAAGCUAUGCACUGUUGAGAUAGUGAAAAUUGAGCAUAACUUACAGGCAAGUGUGAAACUGAGUCCACCAGGAGUAAUCGAUCUUGGGGAUAUGCUCUGUUACCGUGGUGACACCUUCCACCCUGACAACACCAGUGAACUUGUAACUCAGAGUCAUAAAAUAUCCAAGGUUAUUGAGAAGAAAAACCCAUACAAGAUUACGGAGAUGAUGCCGCCGGGCGAGUACUUUCCUGUGAUCAUCACGCAUGUUGAGGUGCCUAAUGUGGUGUAUUUCCAGCAUACAAGACAGAGUGGAUCUGAAAUGGAUGAGCGUAUGGAUGAAAUCAAUGUUCAACUCUCUAAAUUAGAACAGCUCUCUGUUGAUCUUAAUGAGCUUGGACCUUUAGCUGCAGCAUUACCCAAUCCAAAACCAGGUCUCAUGUGCUUUGCCCAGUUUGGGUAUGACCAGUGUUGGUACAGGGCAGUAGUGAUAGAGCGAGACCCUAGAAUGGACUUGAUCCUGGUCCUGUAUGUCGACUACGGUACAUCAGAGUACGUCACAGUAGACAGAGUAAGGGCGCUGCCAUCCAGGUUCGGGAGUCUGCCAGCACAGUCAGUCAGAAUGGUGCUAAGUGAGGUCACUCCAAAAUCCCAUAAUGGACAGUGGUCAAGAGAAGUAUUGGAGGCCAUCAUGACUUCUGUUUGUAACAAGCAACUCAUUGCCUGUCUCAAGAAAACUGAGCCUCCAACUGGAGAUUUGUAUGUGAUGGGCUCCUCAGCUGGUGCUUCCCUUACUCUAGCCUACCAGGAAGUGGGAGACCAAGGACUCGUUAAUCUACCCGACGAAUCAAAACUGUAUGGUGAUACCAUGGUUACUAAGGACGAGAGUGAGGCUGUACCUGAUAAUACAACCCCAGGCUCAUCAGACAUAGAGGUGAAAGGCACAGACAAGAAAGAGGUCAAAAGUGAAGAGGAAAAAGAUAUAGAUGUUGGGUUAGUGAUAAAGGACACAAAUGAGGGGGUGGGGCAAAAAGACACUGAUAAUGAGGGGGUGGGGCAAAAAGACACUGAUAAUGAGGGGGUGAGGCACAAAGACACUGAUGAAUUGGUUUCCAGAAAUGAUUCAGAUGACAGAUUAAAGGAGGAGGACGUCAUCACUCAGAGACAAGAGGAAACAUAUCAAAGUGAAACAAAACAUUCUGACAAUGAAAACCAAGAUGUGUGUGUAGAGGACACGAGUGAUGGCGAGGACGAUGUGAUCAUAGAGGAAGAUAUGUCAUGUGAUGACAUCGGUGAUGAUGAUGAUAAAGAAGGUGAUAAAUAACAUUCCGAAACAUUGACCAAGAAUCUGACAUCUGCUUGUAUACAAUGGCAAUUUAUCAGGGCCCUUAAUCACUUGUCUGUCUGUCCGUCUGUCCUCAAAGUCCGUUUCCGGCUGAUUUAAAUGAAAUGGUCAAAAUGUUCCAUUCACAAAAAUACAGAGGUCGAAAAUCAAGGUUAUUAGGCAUAAAAGUAAAGGUAAAAUUUGUUGUUUUCACUGAUGAAUAUUUAGGAUGAAAUGAUGAAGCAAAGUUGGUCAGAAUUAAAUAGGAGUCUACUGACCAAAGGUCAAAGUCACUGGAUUAGAGGUCAAGGUAAGAUUGUGUAUCUUUGCAUUGAUGUACAUACUGUUAUUACAUCCAGGAAAAUUGGUCAGAAUUGAAAGGCCACUCGGUCAAAGGUUGAGGUUAAAUUGUGCUUUUCACUGAUAAACAUUUGGUUAUGACAUUGGGAAGCAAAAGUUGGUCAGUAUUGAUCAAGAGGUCAACUGACCAAAGAUCAAGGUCACAAGGUCAAAGGUUGUCAUUUGGGUCUAAAGGUCAAGAACAAAGCAGAUCUCUGGUUAUGAUCCUGGCUCAUGAUAGGAUAGUUUAAUAAAAAAAAAAAAA